CCGUAGAGGACAAAACCGCAGCGGAAGAGGACUGUUAGAAGAGGGUGCGUUCUUUUUUGUAGAGAACCCACACAGUGACAGUGAGUGAGAAUGAAUACGAAAAGCACGACAUUGAUUCAGAUGAACCACACGACGGCCUGCCUCCUCGAUAGGGGGCGCACGCGUCGAUCCGGUAGAAUCGAUGGGAGGACUAUGAUGAAGAAGUAGAAAAAUGCUUGUCGUGGCGUGUUGCAGUGGUUGAUCGUAGAUUACAGGGCGGGAAGAUCUCAUGGAGCUCUCGCAUUUAGUGGUGGCGCCCUUCGGCGCAGAGGUGGGGCGCGGUACGAAGAGCGGCAGGUCCUCGGGCUCCUCUACGCCAGUGGGCGUGAAGAGCACAAGAAGCGCGAAAAAUGUAAAGCCGCCGACAGUGUCAACAACCGACAUCAAGGCCACUCGGCCCAGUAGCGCGACAGUCACCCCGACGGGCGCCAAAAAGAUUUCGCACCCGGACGAACAAGCUUCAAGCUAUAACCCAUACCAGCAGAGUAAUAAAGCGCCGGCGAUGGGAAAGCAGCUGUUGCACUACGGGACUCGGCAUAUUCGGGAACAAGAUCAAGACAAGCUCUUCCAUUCAAAGUCAAGUGUGGUGAAGUCCGAAUCCAACAUUCAGCUCUACUUGAGAAACGCCGCGCUGAAAAGUCCGAGCGCUGCAAGCGGCGGUUUCCGACACGAGGAACAGAGUGCCGACCAGGAGCCUGGCCCCAUAAUGACCACCAGCACCAUUGAUGAAAAUUCUUUCCGUCGGCCGGCUGAGAGCACCAGCUGUACCGCUGUGAGUGGUGUUGCAGCCACGCAGUCCUCUUUUUGGAGUAGCGGCGCAACAACUCACGGUCUUGCUGUCGGAAAAGAGAAUGGAGACGUUCACCGCCGGGAGCGGCUGUGUGCGAUUUUGCAGCGCGCGGAAGAACUGUUGAAUGCAACGUCGAAAUCGGACAUUAUCGCGUUGCGCCAAGAAUUCCAGCAGCGGCCGGAUCCGUCAUCCUCAAGUGGAGAUCAUCGGAACGCAGGUGUCGUGCCUUCUGGCCGGGAGGAGGUGAAAGUGUUUUUCUCAUGGUUCUUUCUGUGAGAGAAGUGGGCUCCCGCUCGACUGUUUUAUUUUCGACUUGAAAGGCUAAGCCUAAGGCAUUGACUCCCUGCGUCGAGACUGUUUUAUUUUUGACUCCCUGCGUCGAGAAGUGAAAGAAUUUGAAAGGCAAAACAAGAAACCCUCAGGUCCUCCGCAGUAGCAAGCGUUUGGCCCCGGGGUCGCGACCGGGCAGCGCCUACAAUUGCUCCACGAACAAAGGAAGCCUGCCGUUCUCGUCGCGGGGGAGUGCCACGACACUGCGUCCGGGUAGCGCGCACCCCGCGUCAAGGUCUGUGUCCACGACGUCUGUGUUGCUGCACCCGCAGAAGAAGGAUUCUAAUUCUGGGUCCAGCACCGCGCAGCACGUCCCUCCCGCGCAGUUUGGAAGUAAUAGUAGCGGCACCUCGCGAGGUGGAAACGCGGGAUUAGGAGGACCAGCGCAGACCGCAAUGAGAACGAGCAAAACAAAUACCUCCUCCACCGAGAGCUUGAAGAGGCGGACGCUGCUGCACUGCAGCAGUACUACAAACAAAAAGGGAAGGGAAAAGACCACCUUCACGCAAACAAAUCUGCGACCGCACGAGAAGCUGGAUAAGGGGGAGGGACCGGAUCACCUAGUAUAAUUCUGUUAGACCAAAUGCUCUUGUUGCUCUGUGUAUCGCAACAUCAAGUUUUAGAUAGAUUGUACCAGACUGCUGGACUUCUAGCUGAUUAAAUUCUACAUUUUGCAGAGCCAUGUAGACCGCUUUUUUCCGCCUCCGCACAUGCGAGACGGUGCGUGGCAGAGGUCGUGGGGUGUGGCAAAUCGCUUCAAGCUUCAGAUCACGUUUGGAUCGGCUACCCCGGGAGGCAACGGCUAUUACAAGUAUUUUAACGAGUGGCUCACUUCUCUCUUUUGGUUGCGCCACUGCGAUUAAUGGCAAUGAUAUGCAUGGCAAGAAGUUUUUCGAGUGACAUAGAUGCUUAUUUUGCUCCGGUUGACAACAGAGCAAUUGUUGCAAGCGACAAACAAAGGGCUUCACUUUGUGCUGCUGCAAGAGCUCGGUGUAAUAUGAAUUCAGGUACAGUGCUUCGAUCAGCAAGAGGAAAAUGAAAGGCACUGACUACAGCAACCUGAUGAGAAGCACGCCUUCGUUUGGAAUCGGUACUUGAAUGACAACGCUCUUACAGUCGCUCUGAGUCCGGCAGGAUACAUUUACGAUGUGACAUUAAAGUUUCCUUUUAUGCCUACUUGUUGUUCAUCAAGAAAGUUGUUCGAUUCUUCCAAGGAUUUUGCAGUGUUGAUAAAGGUCUGAUUAUUGAUUCUGCAGGGGAGCGUUGCAAGGUUGAAAGACGAAAGGAGGAUCCGCCAAUGUACAAUGUGAUGCAGAGUAUCGGACAUGGGGCGCGCACCACUCUCUUUUCUGCGGGACGCCCGAGCUCGGCGGAUCCGCGGCUCCGCGCGAAAGACCAGCCAGGCCCCGGGGAAUACCCAUUACCCUCGGCCUUUGACCCGCCUCGUGGGCGCUAUAUUUCGCCAAACCUCUCGCGACGGCCGCAGUCCAGCUACGGUAGUACAACUUUGAGUACCUAAGUUCAUGAAGACAUUUUGUAUACCCGUCAACUUCAUAAUUUUCUGAAAACCAAUACCGAAUUUGUACUGUACCACCCACGAUCGCAGGUAAGCUCCAGCGCACGUCGACGGUAGCAGAUAAUUGACUGCCAUGAAAGAAUCCAUCGCAUAGCAGAACAAAUUGGCGGGCUACGGAAUCUUCGGAGCAGGUAGAUCAGUUAUUAUUAUAUAUAGGACGUUCGAAGUCGUGUAUGUACACUAGUAGAAGCUUUCACUAGUAGAAGCUUUCACGCUCAGCCAUGCGUGGCGUGCGCACUCUGUUUCACACAUUGACAGGAGUAAGAUGAACAACACAUCUUCGCAGUGACCUCUGUUGUAAAAACAGAUGAAAUUGUCUUCGUGUACGAUUUUCAGACAACCAGUGAUUGAACUGUCAAAGGGCCCUCUAAAUCUAAUACAUUUAUACGACGAUUGCGGUGCUUUCAGUCUCAGUCGAGAAGUCAAAUGUAGUGAAAGAACGCAUCGACAUCCAUGAGUGAAUUUAUGCUGCUCUUGUACCAUAUUUAUGUAUCGUGCGAGAAUAACAAAC